GACGGUGAUCAGCUGACCUGUCAAAAUAUUACGCAGCCCGUGUGGGUAUGUUUGUGUUUGUGUGUCUUUUAACUACACGUUGAAGACAUGGCAGCCAAGAUGGAGCUUGCACCUCUCAGACCGUGGGAUGAUUUCUUCCCUGGAGCCGACCGUUUUGCCAAACCAGAGUUUGGAGAUUUAGCAAAGUGGAACAACAGAGUGAUCAGUAAUUUACUGUACUACCAGACCAAUUAUUUUGCCGUGGCCGUUGUGGUUUUUAUCAUUGUGGGGUUCCUGAACCCAUUUGGCAUGUUCCUGGGAGGAACUGUGGUGACUCUGGUCUUUGUGGGUUCAGUGUGGGCAGGAGAGAACAAGGCCCCCAUCAAGAACUUCAAAAGGAAGAACCCCACCCUGUUUGUCAUUGGGGUUAUGGUCACCAGCUACUUUCUGCUGUCACUGUGUGGUGGCGUCAUGGUAUUCAUCUUUGGUAUCACCUUCCCUUUGCUGUUAAUCCUGAUCCAUGCCUCUCUGAGACUGCGCAACAUGAAGAACAGACUGGAGAACAAGAUUGAAGGUGUUGGGCUGAAGAAGACACCCAUGGGAGUCAUCAUGGACCUCCUGGAUCAACAGGAAGAGAAAAUUAACAAGAUUCAGGAUUUUAUUGAAAGCAAACUGAAGGAGUAAGGGAGUGCCAAGGGAAGUAAGUGUCACACAGUAUGGAUUGAAAUUUUCAUAGCAUCGUCCCAUGUGUCAAGUUUUUAUCCCCCCUAUAUAUGUAAAGUUACUGAAGUUCGCAUUCCCAUACUUUUUAUCUAUUUACAUUAUUCUCUUAUACAUUUGUAUUAGUUUAGAAUGUCUAAAGCGUACAGAUGGUUACUUACAAGAUUAUAACAAGAUUUGCACAAUCACCGUGUGGACUGGAUGUUAAGAGGCAAUGGGCACUUAAGAUUACCAAAGGUUUGAUCAUUCCUGUUUCAAUAAAUGUUCCACAAGCAAAUCAUUUCCCUUGUUGACAACGCACUUUGUUCUAAAUGAUGACUGAGUAUUUAUUUCAGCAAAAUAAAGCUGAAUGUUUCAGCACAAUGCAGUUAUUAGAUACUAAUUCUAUUUAUUCUAAAAAAAAAAAAAAAAAAAAAA